GAGGACAUUGUGCUUAAGAGGUGUUGGCAGAAACACUUACCUUAUAAGAUGUCCUUUCUUGCAUGGCGCGUUUUGGAGAGGCGCCUUCCCACUGAUGAUGUCCUGGCGAGAUUUGGCUUUGCUUUGCCUUCUCGGUGCUUAUGUUGUUCGCCGCCAGGACGGGAGACCAUUACACACAUUUUCUAUCAUGGGAGCAUGACGCGGCGUGUUUGGACUUAUUUCACAGAGUCUGCCCGUAUCCAGGGCACACAUCACAGUUUGAGGUCCGCCUUGAGUAUAUGGUGGGCGCAGAGGCCAAGGAGCAGGAUGCUCUCGUUCCUAUUCCACCGCCUGUCGAUGAUCAUUCUUUGGGAGAUUUGGACGCACUAUGCUGCGUGCAAGUAUGGGGAUGCUCGCCCCAACUUUGCACACAUUAUUUUCCGGGUGGCUACGGCGGUGUCGGCGUGCAUCUAUCGUCGCUGGCCUAGCGGGGGUCUCUUGCCUUCCCGAUGGUCGGGGAUCAUGGAGCACGUUCGACGAGGCUCUGGACGCAGGAGGGUGGUGCCUAUUCAGUGGGUCCCACCGCCGGGUGGCACCAUCAAGGUGAAUGUGGCGAGGGCCCCGCUACGUGGGGCAUUUGCAGCGAUCGUGCGUGACUCGACAGGUAAGUUUCUUUAUGCUCUUUCUUAUAUUGCAUUCAGGUUGGAACCAAUGGAGCGUGGAGGGAUGGAUGUGCUUCUUCGGUGUAUUCAGUGGUGUAUAUCCCAGUCCUUCUUGUGUAUCCACGUGGAGUCUCAUCAUUCAGAGCUAGCUUGUUUCUUUAGAGAAGGUACCCCGUGGUACUUUCAUGAUGUUUAUGCUAGACUGCGUUUCCUCUGUUCUAUCGCGAUGGUCCAGUGGUUUCAUUGUGACGUGCGGGCGAAUGCCCCGACGACUGAGUUGGCAUUGUGGGCCGUGGAUAGUACAGAGGGGACGCGGGAGUUUACUAAUCUGCAGGAUCUUGACAUUUGGGUACGAUCUCUCCUUCCUAUGGACGAUCUGCCCUUCUUUCGCAUAGAUGAGGAUGGGGGUAACCCCUAGUUGUACUGGUUUGAGUGCCUUAACGACUGCGACUGCGGUUAAGAGGCGCACGUAUGUACCCGCGGUUAAAGGGUGCCCGU